AUGUUAUCCCUUACCCUCGCCCUCGUGCUUUUUCUCAACCUCGUUCUCGCCGCUCGCUCCCCGGGCUGUGGUAAAUCCGCAACCAUAAAAUCCCAAACCUACAGCACAACCAUAAACGGAAAAUCCCGCCAAUACAUCAUCCGUCUCCCAAACAACUACAACAACACCCGUGCCUACCGUCUCAUAUUCACAUGGCAUCAACUCGGCAGCUCCGCCUCGUCCAUCGCUGCCGGUGAAGAUCCCAACAAAGGCGGUGUCCUCGCAUACUACGGUCUCCCACCCCUUGCAAACGAAUCCGCCAUCUUCGUGGUCCCGAACGGGAUCAGCAAUGGCUGGGCAAACAGCGGAGGUGAAGAUGUGAGCUUCUAUGAUAAAAUGAGGGACACUGUGGAAAACGACUUGUGUGUCGACACCUCUCUUCGAUUCCACACCGGAUUCAGCUACGGCGGUGGCAUGUCCUUCGCCAUCGCUUGCGCCAGGGGCAAAGAAACACGUGCAGUGGCAGUUAUCUCGGGCUCUCAACUAUCUGGCUGCGCUGGAGGAAAUGACGGAGUUGCAUAUUAUGGACAGCAUGGAACAAAGGAUAGUGUGUUGCCUGUUGCAAACGGUCGAGCUUUGAGAGACAAGUUUGUCAAGAACAACGGAUGCACUGCUGUCACUGAGACUCAACCUGGAAGUAAUGGAAAGAGUGUGAAGACAGUUUACAAGGGAUGUAAGGAAGGAUUGCCUCUUACCUGGGUGAUUCAUGGGGGAGAUCACAACCCAAGUCAGACUGAUUCGGGGAGUUCGAAGCCGUUUGCGCCAGGGAAUAGUUGGGAGUUCUUUGAACAGUUUAAGUCGGUUUGA